AUGUCUGCCAGCGCAGCCGAACAACCACAAGCAACGCCGGCGACGGCAGCACUGUCGACGGAGGAGACCACGCCGGCGAAGCCCGAGUUACCACCUCUGACUCCGGCCGAGUUCAAAGUCUACAACCAAAUGGCAGAAAAGAUGAACUACUUUCACAACCACUUCCGCCACCAAUGGACUCUCCUCCACACAGCAGCAUCAACAGGCCGCCGCCCCCAAAACAUGUCCCUCAAGCAAUUCCUCGACACGGGCCUCCAAUUCACCCGCCACCUCACAGCCCACCACGGCAUCGAAGAAGCCCACGUCUUCCCCAUGCUCGCCCGCCGCAUGCCCGAGUUCCGGACUGGUGGCCGCGGAGGAGGCGCGGAACUCCUCCGCCAACAUAAACAGAUCCAUGAUGGUAUGGACAAGUUCGAGGCCUACCUGCGCGCCUGCCGCGACCGCGAGACGGAGCUCGAGCUCGGUGUCCUCAAGGAGAAGAUGGAUAGUUGGGGGGAGGUGCUCUGGACGCACCUCGAUCAGGAGGUGGAGACGUUGGGGGCGGAGAAUAUGAGAAAGUACUGGACGAUGGAGGAGGUGAGGAGGAUGCCCAUGUAG